AUGGGGAAGAAAAGAAAACGUGACAAAAGUGAAGAAUCUAUUCGAAAAAAGAUAAGAAAAUUGGAAAGUAAACUGCAGAAUCGUCGAAGAAUAAUUUCAUCAGACGAAGAUAUUCAGAGUCCAUGCGAAGACCAGUUUCUACAAGCAGACAAGAUGACAGGUGUGCUCACACCAUGUGAUGCACCCUGUUUGCCCCAUACAGUGGAGACACACAAUUCUGAGCAUGAAGAUGGUUCUCAGCUUUUCCCUGCAGACCCAGCUACAGAACCAAUAAAAACUGUUGACGAUAAGCUAGAUGAGGGUAUUUUAGAAAUACUUGGGAAUGCACCUGAAUCAGACACCACGCUAGGAAAACCUAUCCAUAAGGCAUACCUGCCAGAUGGAUUGAGGUAU